AUGAAGACUAUACUCCUAUCUGCCGCCGCAGUGGUUGCUGGUGCCAGCUCUGCGUUGGCCGGCAUCGCUCCGCUUCAACCACGUCAGAGCAGUCUCCCUGCCAUUGAAGUUAGGGGCAAUGCCUUUUUCGCUGGAGAUAAUCGCUUCUAUGUUAGAGGUGUUGAUUACCAACCUGGUGGUUCUUCAAACCUCGUCGAUCCCAUUGCCGAUAUCGAAAUCUGCAGGCGAGAUAUUGCCAACUUCCAGAAGCUUGGGCUCAAUACAAUCCGCGUUUACACAGUCGACAAUACCGCUGAUCAUGAUGAGUGCAUGACCGAGCUGGCCAAUGCUGGAAUCUACUUGGUCUUGGACGUUAACACACCCAAGUACUCCAUCAACCGAGCCGACCCUGAAAUCUCGUACAACGACGUGUAUUUGCAAAGCAUUUUUGCCACGGUAGAUGCCUUUGCCAAAUACACAAACACCCUUGCCUUCUUCUCCGGCAAUGAGGUGAUCAAUGAUGGCCCCACUUCUGCUGCAGCACCCUACGUCAAGGCGGUCACCCGUGAUCUUCGUCAAUACAUUGGUUCCCGUGGCUAUCGCAAGAUUCCCGUUGGCUAUUCUGCUGCAGAUGUAGACACCAACAGACUUCAGAUGGCUCAAUAUAUGAAUUGUGGUACGGAUGACGAGCGUUCCGACUUCUUCGCCUUCAACGACUAUUCAUGGUGCGAUCCAUCCUCUUUCCAACAGUCUGGGUGGGACGUCAAGGUCAGAAACUUCACCGGUUAUGGUCUCCCACUUUUCUUGUCUGAAUAUGGCUGCAUUGAGGGUGAACGACAAUUCGACGAAGUUUCUACUCUCUACUCAACCCAGAUGACAGGUGUUUACUCUGGCGGCCUUGUCUACGAGUACUCCGAGGAGGGUUCAGGCUAUGGGCUGGUGACCAUCGACGGCACCUCGGUAACUGAGAAUGGUGACUUUGCAGCUCUCUCCGAAGCUCUUUCUGGUGCCCCAAACCCCCCAGACGAUGGAGGCUAUAACGCUACUGGUGGCGCUUCCGGCUGCCCUGAGAGGGACUCUCCAAAUUGGGACGUGGCAAAUGAUGCACUCCCUGCCAUUCCCGAGCCCGCCAUGAAGUACAUGACUGAAGGAGCUGGAACAGGUCCUGGCUUGACCGGUCCGGGCUCGCAAAACUCUGGGACCCGAUCUUCCGGCACUGCUACACAGGGAAGCGGACAGGUGACUUCUACCGCUUCAAGUAGUGCCUCGGGCGCUGCCGGCGGCCUUGUUGUUCCAGAAUUCUCCUGGACUCCCAUCAUCUGUAUGUCCGCGAUGUUGCUGUCCACCUUCUUUGGUGCUACUCUACUGUAA